AAUGCAUUUCAGUACAGCCAAGCCGGCCGAACCAUACUACACGAACCGCUAUGUAAACUCGUGUGUCGAGUGAAUUGUGUCCAGUGCAACAGGGGUUACAACUUAUUGGAUACACGCUGCGUCACGCCAGGAAAACAAAAAUAUGUCCUGGUGGCUUCUAUUGUGCACGCUAGCAGUUUGGGUCCUCGCCUCUUCAGCAAUCGAAGAUCGAAAAAUCCACAGACUAGUCGGCGGCCACCUUCGAAUCUUUCACGAUUCGCUAGAUUCCGAACUGUUAGAAGCCUUAGCCAGUGGUUCGAAAAACAAGAAGUCACAAAAAGGCGACGAUGAGGAAAAGAAGACUCUAUCGCAACAAGUAUCCGACGGGAAGUACGGUCUGAUCCAGAGGGAACUGUUCGCGAAACCGUCGAAACGUCCCGGUGUACUCAGCUACGAGAACAACCCAGAAGUGCCUAAAGAUAACAUCAGCAACUUGGGUGGAUUAACGAAGAACGAUAUAUGGUUAGCAGAGAACCAUCUCUUGGUGCUGAAGGGUGGUACUUAUCCGCCUCCGGAUGAUAAAACUGACAGCUCGCCGACAGCAUGGCCUGCAAUCGACGACUACAAAGCGCCCUUACGUCAAGUCAAAAUCCCGGCACAUCCAAAAGUGCCGCCGCCAUUUCCAGUCCAACUCACAGACGACGGCCCCUUGCAAAUCCUGGGCACAAAUUCUUCGCGAACGAUUAAUGGCACGCUCGAACAAGCAAGCUUCGCCUUACCACCCCCUGAAGGCUUCGACGCGACUCCGUACUUCUCGCCUAACUAUCCGUAUCCGCCCAACUCUACUUCCGGGCAACCUCCGUACCCAAUACCUGCUUUCCCUUCGGGGGAGUACCUUCCGGGGGCGCCGUUCCCCCCUUUCAAUUUGAACGGUACUUUACCUCCUUUCUUCGCUUCUUUACCCCCAGGCGCCGCAAUCCUACCACCCCCAAACCUAACCGAACCGUUCGACGAAGACGACCCUUCGAUCUAUUAUCCUCCGCCAUACAGUUUUUACUACCCAAAGGAUAACUCAUCUCUUGUACCGCCCGGACCUUUGGUACCGGGAAUCGUACUACCGCCACCUCCAAAUUUCUUCGGGCCUUUGGAACAAACAACGAAGAGACCAAUCACGACAACGAGAAAACCACAUCGACAGAGGAUUAAAACAACGACCACUCCUUUGCCUCAGAUUCACCCGACGACUACCGAAAUACCUCCAACUUCGGUACUGAACGACAAAACGACGAAAAAACCUGUGAGGAUCUUCCCAGUGCACAUUCCGGCGGAGAUCAAUAACGAGCUCAAACCUAUAGUGACGACGACACCCCCGAAGGUCGUAACGGUGUUGUCGGUGCGACCUCAGACAAAGAGCAGGACUACGUCACCUAGAACGCAAAAGACACGACCCCCAACGGUCACCGUUCUCAAACCGGUGAAAUCUUCGAGUGAAGCGCCUAAAGUGUACGUGUACGAGAAUGAAGUUCCGGGUGUGUACAAGACUCAGACGCGUCCAAAAACAGUAGUGAGUACAACUCAAGUGCCGCUCAAAGUGUACUAUACUACGUCAAACGAUAUAGAAACGAAUUCUAUAACUCAUGCCCCAGAAAAAUACCGCAUUAGUGUUUCGAAUCCGCGAAGGACUAAACCGACCACGAAGUCACCUUCACAGUAUUACUACUACGAAGAACAACCGAUCAAGGAAGUUACCACAAGGAAGCCGUUCUAUGACAUACCGAAAGAGUACUACCUUCCAGCUAAACAAUCGAAUCCUUCACCGACCGUGCAACAACAGAAGUUUAUUUAUGUACCGAGCCGUCCUUACAACACACAAAGACCUCGUUAUCGUUUCGUACAAACACCAAAAACUGAUACUUUCAGUAUUCACAUAGCGAGACUGCAGAAACAAAUUCAUCAGUACUACACGACCACAAGACCGACCUACAGACCAACGUAUUCACCGAAACCUGUCUAUCAGUUUAGUUUUGAGGCUGCGAACUACAGACCGCAAAGACCGCAAGUUGAAGAUCCACAAGAUAGAUUCAGACCACUACCAAAAUACAGCGUCCAAAUUCAACCUGCAAUCGAAAUCAUACCUACCGAAGCUCCGGUUUAUCAGAACACGCCACCACCAAACUACUAUAGAGUAACAACAGAACGACCUGUCGCCUCUAAGUAUUAUCAAACUGAACGUCCCGAUUACGAAUAUGAGGACAAUAUCGAAGAGAAGAACAAGAACACGGCCACCCCACGACCUGUCAACCAAUAUGCAUACGAAGUCACCCCUAAUCCCGUUUAUCAAGGCUUUUAUACGAAACCUGACGAAGGUUUCUUUGACGAAAACACCAGACAUUACUUCACAACAUUUGGACAAAAACUACAAAGCGCAACCACUCCGAUGCCACAAACCGCCCAAUCAUCAACCCCACAAAGACAGAGGCGACCUGAUCAAUAUCAGCAGAAACCUAUCAACUUAGAAGGAGACAUAGCCGUCAAUUAUUUACCCCCUCGUCCAACCAUCAACCCUGACGCUGAAUUCGUGCCAAUCAAUCCCAAUCAGCAACGGGUAAAUUACCCACAGGUAGUAAAGUACACACCUAGACCUGCUCAGUACGCUCAAGAAAGUCGUCAAAAGAAUCGAGGGCCCGAAAUUGUGAAAGCCGUGCCUGUAACGGCCGAAGGUCAACCGGGUUCGUUCAUUUCUUAUCAACUACCGGGGGAUGAUGGGGCGCAUUUUUAUUUUCUAACGCCUCAGUUGGCUCAAAGUCGUGAUCAAGGAGCUGGUUUUUAUUAUUCGCAACCGAACGUAGCGAGGAUACGAAGGAAUAAAGAAAGGUGAACCGUUGUGAUAAAGAAGUGACUCUUAGGACUGUGAGUCAUUGGCGAUUCCUAUCUUUAAUUUAGUGCCUAUUUUAAUUGGUCUGUGAUCGUGUACCGCCAACGUACUCAAAAUCUGAAAAUUAAUUUAGAACUGUUUUUACUGUAGAAUAGGAUGCAAAUGUUCUUAACUCACUGAAUUGUUAUUCUCGCCAGAAAAGAGUGGUGCGAAAUCAAGAACGCGAUCUUUUGUAUGAGUUAAUAUUUAAUUUAUUUAUAAAGAUUUGUAGUAUAUCAAAGUGAUAAAUUAUUGUAUUGUUAGACCAUACGAACAUUAGGCAACUUUGUUAAAUUAUUUUUUUAAAUAAUAAACUGCUACAAAA